AAACGUAGUAGCAUACUAUAUCCUCCCCCUCCAUACAAUCUACGGGUCCGGCUCGCUCGCCCGCUUCAGCACCGCCGGCUUGUCCUCGUAGGCGCCGGCGUACUCGACGCCCUGCUCGAGCUCCCACGCCUCCUGGAACAGCUUGUUGAUUUCGCUUUUCGCGUCCUCGACCGUUCGCGCGGGCACGCGGAAGCCGAUGCGGUACUCGUCGGUACUAUCCGGGGUCUUGACCCGCACAUCGAGUCCCAGUCGGUCGACGCCGUCGACGCGUACCUCGGAGUCAUCGAGGCCGAGCAGCGUGGAGGCGAUGGUCGAACGAUCCUGGGCGUGCUUGUCGCCGUUGAGGGUUUUACAGAGACCAACGGCCUCGUGAGCCACGGCGUCCGGCUUCGCCUCCGUGUAAUCGUCCUUGUCGACCCACGUCGUGCCGACGCCAAAUCCGCCAACAUAGAAGAUUUCGGAAGGGGCCACACGCCAGAGAUCGAAGCGCCCGUCCUCGAGGAGCGCAUCGGCGUAGGGGUGCGCGACGCCGAACUGCGUCUCGAGGACGACGCGGUCGGCCGCGCUCUUGGGCACCGGCGUCGCCGUGCCCGCGAUGGUCACGCGCGCGACGGCGGCCGCCCGGUCGUCCAGGUCCCGCGCCUGCAGCAGCAGACUACACCGCGGGUCGGCCUGGAGGUUUUUGCUGUGCUCCGCGCGGCGCGCGUCGAGCAGCAGCACCGGCGCGCCGUCGCCGUCGAGCACGUACUCGGCGAAGGUGCACAGCGCGGCGCCUCCCAAUUUAUCCGUUUGCGUCGAGAGCGCGGCGCCGUGCUUGACGCCGAGCGAGGCGCAGGUCCGGGCGCGCUCGGCCGGCGUGAGGUCCAGGGCGCUCUGCGCCUCGGGCGCGGCGACCUCGGGCUCGGCGGCGACGACUGUCGACGGCCGCGGCGGCGCGCGCGUCGUCGUCGCUGGACCGGCGACGAGGGCCUGGGCGACGGCCCAGAGGGCGCAGAGGUGCACUCUUCGUCUGAUCAUCGCUGUCCGGGCACUUGGAUAAGGCUUAGCAGUGGUCGCUGCCGGAAAGCCGCGGUAGAGAGAAAAUGGACCGCUGCUUUUGCAGCGUGAGGAUAGCUUUGCACGCGGCGGGUUGUCGACGCGCAGCACGCUGUUAAUAUUGGCUCACGGGCGGAGAUCACGGCCUUGCAAUCUAGGUCGAGCCAUAGCUGCAUCACCACUGCGAGAUCGGCAAAAUUGCCGAGAGGCCUCCCCGCACUGCGGCAGCAGGUACAACAGUCCUCCGUUCACACAGGAGUACCGGAGCUACGCGCCAAAGUGCCGGCGCGCCGCGCGGUGGCCCUCCA